AUGGCCUUUUCUCUGUCCAACCUCCUCAACUUCACGUCGACGCUGCUCCUGACUCUGUCGGAUCCGCUGCAACAGCUCUUCACCGCACCCAACAACGCAAGCUCAGCAUCAAUGGCUGCCAAACCGACCGGCCUGCUCGCCACAAAGGGCAUCGAGCUCUUGACCUGGGGCACCCCCAACGGCGUCAAGGCCAGCAUCCUGCUGGAGGAGCUCAAAGAGGCAUACGGCCUCGAGUACACAUGGCAGGGCCUCAACAUUGGCACAAACGUGCAAAAGGAGCCCUGGUUCACGGCCAUCAACCCCAACGGCCGCAUCCCCGCCAUUGUCGACCACGACAACAAGGGCCUCGCCGUCUUUGAGGGCAACGCCAUCCUGGGCUACCUGACACGCCGCUACGACACCAAGAACCUCUUCUCGUGGCCCGUCGACUCGGACGACUACACGCGUGCCGAGUCCUGGAUUGGCUUCCAGCACGGCGGCAUCGGCCCCAUGCAGGGCCAGGCCGGCCACUUUGUGCGCUUUGCCAAAGAAAAGGUGCCCUACGGCAUGCAGCGCUACGUGGGCGAGACGGAGCGCCUGUACGGCAUCCUCGACAACCGCCUCAAGGACCGCGACUACCUGGUGGGCGAGGGCCGCGGCAAGUACAGCAUCGCCGACAUUGCCUUUGUGGGCUGGGUCAACGGCCUGGAGCUGUCCACCACCACGUCCCACGACCUGUUCCCCAACGUCAAGGCCUGGCUGCUGCGGCUCUGGGACCGCCCGGCGGUGCAGCGAGGCUUCGCGGUGCCCAACCCGCCCAUGCUGGAUCCGCGAAAGGGCCCCAGUCCAGAGCAGGCCGCUGCCAUUGCCGAGGCCAAGAAGCUUGUUGACGCCGCCAAGGAGCAGUUUGGCUACAAGUACACGUCCCCAUAG